AAAAUGAGUCAUACAUAUGUGAAGCCCCUAAAUAGAAACGUCGAGAAAUUUAAAAUCAACAAGCAAUGCGUCUUCAGCCCUGGUAUUGCUUAUCAACUGCUACAGCUGAUGGCAACUCGUCGUUAUUCCGCAAUUUUAAACAGUUUAAUUCAGAAAUUUAAUGUACAACAAUGUUGGAAACACUCAACAACGAUUGCUGGUUGGAAAUAAACAAAUAUUUAAGCCUAGAUGACCAAAUCGCGCUGUAUGAAGCAUUUAAAGGCAUUUCAAAUAACUUGAUGUAUGAUGUGGCCUUUGCCUGGGAACAUCAACGCUGCUUUUCGCUUGAUCCUGAUUGCUAUGAGAAGUUUGAAGAGAUGCCAGAAUUGUUGGACAUAUUUUUGUCCAGCAUUAAAGCCACACAGGAAUUGCAAUUGCACUGGGUCACACUGGAGUUCCUCAGACUUUGGGAGAACUACACAUUUCCCAGCAUGAAAACGCUGGAGUACACAUUGGAUGAGGAUUGGAGUGUGAAACCGUAUGGUGGAUUCGAAUGCAGCACUCUGGUGAAAUUCACGCAGUUGCGUCAACUAGAUUUGAGCGAUUGGACAAUGGAUUAUCUGCCCUAUCAUUGUCCCGAAGAGUUAGCCACGUGUCCAUUGAUAGAAAAGUUAAUAAUUCCGAUUUUUUUGUAUUUCCCUGAAGUGUAUGAAGGGAUCAUGGCGUUGCCCAAGAUGCACACAGUUUCCUUUUACCUGAAUGGUCAAGAUGACAUUUUAGCUGCAAUGCUGGAGAAGCGAGGCAAUGACGUACAAAAAAUGAUCUUUAACCAUUGCAUCUGGAAGUUCAGUGUGCCCACGUUUCACAAAUUGAGGAACUUGCGCCAAUUGACAUUGCUAAACGAAAACCGUCUUAAGCCCGACAAGCUACUCAAAGUGAUUGCGAAUUUGAAACAGUUGGAGCAACUUGAUCUCAUCAAUUACCAAAUGAUAUUGUGUGAAGCAGCGCUGUGGCAAACUGUUGACUGUUGCCCAUCGCUAAAGAUCCUGAAUAUAUCAAACAUGUAUUUGAAAAAGGAUUUUUACGAUGUAAACCGAUGUGUCAUGGAGAAGACAUUGAGCAAUCGCUCUCGGGACUUAAGAUUGAAUUGCCACAACACAGGUGAAAACGAGAAGCUGAUGCGCCAGCUCUUUAAGCAUCCACGAUUGAAGCUCUCUUUUGAGCCUUUAAAACGGUAUGAUAUCGAUAAGAGCAUGAUACAAAUGCAUUUCAAGCCUUCAAGCCAAAUAUGUGAUAACUUUUAA